AUGGUUGUAUCGGUGCGGAGCUGGCUCGCCAACGAGGGAGGAAAGCACUUGGUCCUGGUGCUGUGGUUGGGAGCAAACACCUGGCUGUUUGUAAAGACCUUCCUGCUCUACUCCACUGGACAGCAGUAUCACUACCUCUACAAGAUGCUCGGGCUAGGGCUUUGCAUCAGCAGGGCGUCUGCAUCUGUGCUGAACCUGAACUGCAGCUUGGUGCUGUUGCCCAUGUGUCGCUCCCUGCUCACCUUUGUCAGAGGAACACAUCAGGUAUCAAGCAGGAAGACACGCAGACUCCUGGAUAAGAGCAAGACCUUUCACGUGGCCUGUGGAGUUGCCAUCUGCAUCUUCUCUGUCGUACAUGUUUCUGCACAUCUGGUGAAUGUCGUCAACUUCAGUGUCAGCUACUCAGACGACUUCCCGGCUCUUAAUUUGGCCCGAUACAAAGGAGAGGAUCCAAAACUCAUCAUUUUAACCACAAUCCCAGGGAUCACUGGUGUUCUGUUGGUUCUCAUCCUCUUCCUGAUGUUCACGUCGUCUUCCUACUGUGUACGGAUAUCCAACUAUGAAAUCUUCUGGUACACACACAACCUCUUCAUCGUGUUCUACAUCAUCCUUAUGGUGCACAUGGUCGGUGGAGCAUUGAAGUAUCAGACUAAUCUAGAGGCCCACCCUCCCGGCUGCCUCGAAGCCAAUCGGAGCAGCUCGGAGCAGCGGGGGGAGGAGCUGGAACAGCGUGAGGAUGAAGAGAGGAGAUGCAGAGAGGAGGCUCACUUCCAGCCUCACUACCCCCAGACAUGGCUUUGGGUGUCUGGUCCUCUCUGCCUCUACUGUGCCGAGCGUCUCUACCGCUACAUCCGGAGCAGUGACCCCGUUACCAUAGUAACAGUCAUCAGGCACCCCUGUGAUGUCAUCGAGCUGAGAAUGCUGAAGAAGAACUUUAAAGCUCGUCCUGGGCAGUAUAUUGUUCUCAACUGUCCAGGUGUCUCUUCAUUCGAGAACCAUCCCUUCACGCUAACAGCGUGUCCCACAGAGAACAAGCAAACUUUUGGCAUCCACCUCCGAGUCGUGGGAGACUGGACUGAGCGGUUCACACAGCUGUUACUUCCUGAGCCCAGGAUAGACUUGGAGAUCCUCCCCAUGGUGCAACAGAGGAGAUACCCCAAGCUUUACGUUGACGGUCCAUUCGGGAGUCCAUCAGAGGAAGUGUUCAACUACGACGUCAGCCUCUGUGUGGCGGGUGGAAUCGGGGUCACGCCGUUCGCCUGCGUACUGCACGCUCUGCUUGACGGCUGGACUGGAUUCAGGCUGCAGAGGUUGUACUUCGUGUGGGUCUGCAGGGAGCUCCAGUCCUUCUACUGGUUUGCUGAACUGCUGAACGCUCUGCAUCAUAAGUUGUGGCAGGAGAACAGACCGGACUACUUUAAUCUGAAACUCUACGUCAGUCAGACAGACAGCCUUCAGAGCAUGUCCGAGGAGAAGUACCGGCCGCUCACCUCCAGGCUGCUGGUCGGCAGACCCAGGUGGAAGUUACUGCUGGAUGAGAUUGGGAGGACCAAUAAGCAUAAGCGAGUGGGCGUGUUCUGCUGCGGACCUAAAGGAAUCUCCAGGACUCUCCACAGACUGUGUAACUCGUCCCGCUCCUCCGGAACAACCUUCGAAUUCAACAAGGAAUCGUUCAGCUGA